AUGAACAGGGUAUUGCGUCCACACGAUUCCGACUCCUUCGAGUUUGACCCAACCAAGCACCCUGGCCUGAGUCUCUUGGCCGCAUAUCUCUUCAAUUUGCGCAAUACCUGUGGGUAUUACGGAAUCAACGACAAGACAACCUGGAGGCUUAACGACAAGCAACGGGACUCGGCUUUAAAUGCCAUCAACAACCCUUUUGAACGGCUUGCGGAAAAGCUGUCUUGUUUUACGCAGCAACUCAGGCUGAUACUUGCCGAUAAAAACAUGGACGGCCAAGAAAGGGCACAGAACUUAUGCGAGUGGGCCGAGUCCAUGAUUGAGCACUGGGGCUUUUUCAAAAGAGAACUUGGAGCCGCGAGAGGACUGGCGGCAGCAGCUUCUGCUGCGAGCGAAUCUCGCCAUCCCAACCUCGCCAUGACAAUGCCUGACACCUCGGCCAAUUCUUGCAACUGCAAGAUGGAGAGUUGCCACGAGCUGGAGAAAGCCCAGAUCUGGGACAGUAUCCGUGAUAAAUUGGCCGCAGAAGGGGUUGGAGACGAUGCAGUCGUGAAAAUUGCGGAUGACCUAAAGGCUUUCGUGAGAGACCUGGUCCGAGGCCAACGCCCCGAAAUCGCACCGAACGAGGCCGAGUCGUCCUGCCAUGCUGUGAACACGAGCGACAUUACGGCAAGUGAGGAGCUCGGUGAAGUUCGUCAUUUCUCAAAGGAUCUGCUUGAUCCUAAGGCCAUCUCCUCAAAAGUCACGGCGGCACUCGACAGGAUCACCACGGACUUCCAUCAGGUUGCAAACGAAGUCUUGGCAGUUGUCUUGCAGGAUGGCGAAGACACGAAAAUAUUUCGCCAAGUUCUUGAUGUGAUUUAUUUCACGGCCUGCCGUGAUACUACUCGUGCCAAAGUUUUGGCUAAACUGGCCAAGCACGUCCAGGAUCGUGCCACACCUCAUAUCCGGGAGCUAAUGAUGAGCAAGAAAUGGGCCAAGGUGAAAGCUGAGGGUGGCGACAGCACCAACGCCCCUGGGCCCGUGACGAGCUGGUACUUGGGAAAAUGUAAGAGGACAUGGGCGACGGGCAAGAUUGGAAGCAGCAAGCUCAGUGCCGAGGACUUCGCGUUUGGCCUCCCGCGUUUCAUAGGCGAGCUUGCUAAGUCCGGCGUUUUCCAGGGCUAUCACGUUCACAUCUAUAUCCGCGACAAGUGGAAACCCAUGAUGGAAAGGGAUGAAUUCGUCGCUGUGUACCAGCUCCUCAAAAUCACUGGCCGCAUGUGCGAAGGGAAAAAGAUGCGUGCCUGCUUCGAGAACAUUGAAAGCCUCAUCAAAAAGGAAGAUACUCCAAGCUGCAUCAAAGCAUUGGCAGAAGAGCUCCACAACCUGAGGGAAUCCGGAUGGAAGUCCAAGGAGUCAGAGGUGAUCGACCAAGUUGAGGAGGAGAUGAGGAAGAAGACGUAA